CGCCACGCUAUCCCGGCCUGUGCUGACGGCGGCAAAUGCUGCAUCUUCCCUAUAAUCAUGUUGCAUUCAACGCUUUUCGUCGCAACUACACUUCGCCGGUUCGCUUUCGUCGCGCUCGCCGUACCUGCGCUGCCAAGGCCAGCGUUUGUUCGAGCGCUGCGAGUUUGCGACAGCAUGCCUGGAGUUGCCGAACCCCGACCGAACUAGUUAGCCUAUAGCAAAUCUGCAACGUUGUGUGCCAUCCGAUGUCCUAAUGCUACACCACUACCACGCAGACCAUCUGCAGGUCUCACAUCAGGAACUAUCGGUGAGCGCGUGCUCCGACCACCUGUGCUACACUUCUGCAUCCAGGAAUUUUCGCUGCCGAUACGUCGGGCCAUCAUCUUGACCGGCUGCGACCGUUUUAUCGAAUCCUUUCGAGCUGUAGUCAGCCAGCCUGCAGCAGAGGCUGAGAAGAAAUGGCCGUCUGACGUUGCUAUGCGGGCACGUGGUAAGCGCAUGCAGCUGAACACGGUAACCUCCACCUAACCUAACCUGCGACGCCCAUAAGGAGGUUAGGCGACCAUGACCGAAGUCAAGCAAUUUGUGGAGAGCAGUGACAUCUGCAAGACCACCGACCUCGUGCUGGUCUGCUGCCACGGCAUCUACAUGGGCGAUGGCAGGAACACCGCAGAAGAACAGUGGAUCCUGCAGCCUUUUUCGCGCUCUGACCCGCUCGCGAGGAAGCCGGGCGAACAUGAGACAUUCAUCGCGCACAUUAUGACUGCUGCCCUUGCGGUGCAUAGCAAUCCUGAGGCCCUGCUGGUCUUCUCGGGCGGCCAUACCACCAACGCGCCCCGAAGCGAAGCGGAAAGCUAUGCUCUGGUGCUCAAGUACAUGGUGAACCAUAAUCCCACCCUCUUCCCUGUAGGUGUGCGAUACGCGCUGGAAACCUACGCGACCGAUAGUUACCAGAACCUGUUGUUUUCCAUCAUCCGAUUCAGACAGCUUACUGGCGCAUAUCCCAAGAAUAUCACUGUGGUAACUCACGCCUUCAAAGAGCGCCGAUUCCUGGAGCUCCAUGCUCCUGCUAUCAAAUGGCCACAUCAUCGCAUCAGGGUACAAGGCUUGAAUCCGCCUUUCACUCUCGAUGAGCUUAAUUUCACGCAAAUGGGGGAGCGCGAACGAGCAUACAAUGUGUUUGCCUCAGAUCCAUAUGGCGUCAGAAUGCCUCUAAGCCAGAAGCGCCUGGCCAGAAAUUGGAACGCCGAUAGAGCCCAUGUUUUCCUGGGCUUUCGUCUUGAGCCAGAGGUCAUGGGCCUGCUCACAUGGCAAGGUGGGGUUUCUGGCUGGGAGACUUUUCCCAGGCGGCUGCCUUGGGAGGACGAAACGACCAAAUGGAUCUACGAACAACGAUGACCUUGACAAGCCGCGCACGAUGUUGCUCAUUGGCUAGGUGUGGUAGAUGGCAGAGACCUAUCGACCUCAGUAUCUUUUCGCGAUGCGUUGAUACUCAUCUGCGCCGAUCGACGAACGCCCCUGCAAGCUCUGCGCCAGAGACCACAUCUAUGGAAUCAACUUAUCAAACCUACAUAGUAGAUCUUAGGGAUGGAACAAGCAUGAAACAGCAAGUUGCGAGUGUUCCAUACACCAGCACUAUUGGUAGCCUGGGGUGGCAAGCAUCAUCACCGGGACUUUGCUGCACCAGGCUGCUUCCCUGUUGUGCUCAACCAUCAACACGACAAAGUUCGGUCAUGACAGCUCGGACCGUGAGCACGCGACACAGACUUCAACCUUCGAGGCUCGAAAAAGUUCUUCUAUGACUGCGUAUGCCAUCGACGGCCCCCGAACGCGAAUGGUCUGCAUCCAGGACCCUGAGCAGCUUUCGCACAUGGUUGCUUGGAUCGCGUGCAUACAGGAUUACUCUUCGCUCUCAAGACGACUUGAAGUGCUGUUGGGAUAUUCCAAUAGGAACACAUAUAUCUGCUUUCAUGCCUGCGGGAAGCAUUGAGACUGACAAUUGGCGCCUGCCACGCUUCGCCAUACGCUGCGCUCGGGUGUCGAUAUGCUCAGUGGCGGCAUGCAAAUUCUCAUUGGUGCGACGAAACAUGACAGGAUUUUUUGUCAUGCAUUAUCGUACUUCGUGGACUGAGUGUGCUAACGAUGCCCACAAGAGCAACAAGCCUUGUCUCUUGAUGAAGAUGUUCGAACGGCGGGUCUGGU